UGAGGCUUAACAAAAGCCGCUCAGACAAACUUCACCAAACAAAUACUGUUUCACGUCCGUGGUUUCAUACCUGUGCAGCACUCAGACCAAAGGAUGGACGCAGCAUACAAAAGAGUGAACGGAGAUCAUGGACCCAUAGAGGACCAAAGUCCGUCACAGAGGAGAGGCUCCAUGUACCUGGAGGAAGAGACCAGCAACAAGACAGGUGUGCUGUCCUGCUUCUUCUCUCUGAAGGAGGAGGUUGGGGCGCUGGCCAAGGCCCUCAGGUUGUUUGAGGAAAAGGGGAUGAACCUGACACACAUCGAGUCUCGUCCGUCGCGAAUGAACAAAGAGGAGUUUGAGUUCUUCAUCAGCGUGGACACCACCUGCUCUGUGGCCCUGGAUGAGGUCAUCAACGGCCUGCGCACACAGAUCAGCGGCCACGUGCAUGAGCUGUCACGCAACAAGAAGAAGGACACAGUCCCAUGGUUCCCCAAUCAAAUCCAAGACUUGGAUCGCUUUGCCAACCAGAUUCUGAGUUAUGGAUCAGAGCUAGAUUCGGAUCACCCAGGCUUCACAGAUUCUGUCUACAGAGCCCGGAGGAAGGAGUUUGCCGACAUUGCCUUUAACUACCGACAUGGCCAGGUUAUCCCCAUGGUUGAGUACACACCUGAGGAGAGGGCCACAUGGGGCACGGUGUUCAAGGAGCUGAAGACCCUGUACCCCACGCACGCAUGCCGCGAGCACAACCGUGUGUUCCCCUUACUGGAGAAAUACUGCGGCUACAGACAGGACAACAUUCCCCAGCUGGAGGACAUUUCAAACUACCUGCAGUCAUGCACAGGGUUUCGGCUGCGCCCCGUGGCUGGGCUGCUUUCCUCCCGUGACUUCCUGGCUGGUCUGGCCUUCCGGGUCUUUCAUUCCACACAGUACAUCCGCCAUGGAUCCAAGCCUAUGUACACACCUGAGCCGGAUAUCUGCCAUGAACUCCUGGGACAUGUUCCUCUCUUCGCAGACCCCAGCUUUGCCCUGUUUUCCCAGGAAAUUGGUCUGGCUUCUCUGGGCGCACCUGACGAGUACAUUGAAAAGCUUGCCACUGUCUACUGGUUUACUGUGGAGUUUGGCCUCUGCAAGCAAGGCUCUGAGAUCAAGGCCUAUGGAGCUGGACUGCUUUCCUCGUUUGGAGAACUGCAGUACUGUCUGUCCGACAAGCCCAAGAUUCUGGCCUUCGACCCCGAGAAGACAAGUCUCCAGAAGUACCCGAUCACAGAGUUCCAGCCUGUUUACUUUGUUGCUGAGAGCUUUGAUGACGCUAAAGACAAAGUCGGGAAAUUUGCUGCCACUAUCCCUCGCCCUUUCACUGUGCGCUACAAUGCUUACACUCAGAGCAUCGAAGUCCUGGACUGCACCCAGCAGCUGAGGAACCUGGCUGACAGUAUCAGUGGUGAAAUCGGAAUCUUGUGCAACGCCCUGCGGAAGUUGGAGUAAAAAAAAUAUUCUGCUUGAAAUUGUCCUUGAGAACCGUCACGAAAAUGAUUGAAUUAUGCGAUAGAAACAGUCUUUGUUAUCAGCCUGUUGCAAUAUUUGUACGUAGGCUAUGUAUGCUAUAUUGCUUGCCUAACAAAUGUAACAUUUGUAUUUUUGUAGAGUAGCCUCCAUCAAGUAACCGAAUUAAGGGAUAUGCAUGGGUUAGUGCAAAUUGACAUUUCGUGACAUUUUAAUAGUAUAGUCACAUAGUUUCAGUAGAAUAUGUUAUCAUACAAACAUGCCAAUAGCCAAACGCCUAAUUGCAAUAACAUGUAUUCGCAUAUUAUUAAUCUAUUAGCCUGCGUUUAGGAAACAUAAACCUUCUUGAAAUUAAUUGUAGGAUAUGAUUGUGAUUUUUUCAUUUGCUUUUACUCAAUAAAAAAUAACGAACGAA